AAUCCCAGCGCGCCGCCGACGUCAGAGGCCGAUGGCGGCGGAGGCGCGGGAAUCCUGGCAGGCCGCGGCCCCGCGGAGAAAGCGCCCUGCCGCGCAGCGUCAGCGGCGGAGAGAGGCGGCGGCGGCCCCGGGCCGCGAUCCCGAGGAGGACCGUGGAGUCGUGCUUCGUCGCAUCCGAGAGGCGGGGGAAGACCUGCUUAUCUCUGAUUUCUGGAGUUCAGCACUAGAAACUAUCAACAGCUGUCUUAGGAAACAUCUGGUACAACUGAAGGCCCCUGUGGGGACUCUUCCGGAAGCCCUUGGAAGCCUGCACCUUGACCCAUCACCAAAUGAGUCAGCUGUGGCCCCUGGCUCCGUCCCCAGAGACACCCUGGUCCCGGGAAGCUGCCAUUUGAGGUGUGUGUGUUAUGGCAUUGGGAACUUUGCCACCUGUGUCGUAGCUAGAAACCAGCUGACGUUUUUGCUUCUCUUCCUGGAAAAGUGCCAGAUUCCCAGGAGUCACUGCUGGGUGUAUGAUCCUCUGUUUAGCCCACUGGAAAUUGCGGUUCUGAACAGCCUUGGUAUGGCUGUUCUCAGUGAGAACGAGGAAGGAAAACGGAGUGUUUGUGGUGAGCCCACCAUCUUUUACAUGCCACACUGCGGGACGGCCCUGUACAACAAUCUUUUAUGGAGUAACUGGUCAGUAGAUGCCCUUUCCAAGACGGUCAUUAUUGGGAACAGUUUCACAGGACUCCAGGAGAGAUUGUUGACAAGGAUUCUGCAGAAAAAUUAUCUCUACGUUGCAAAGAUUUUAAACGGACUGGAGGAGCUUGAGUUCCCUCAGACAUCACAGUACAUGGACAUAUUUAACGAUACCUCCGUCCACUGGUUCCCUGUACAAAAGCUAGAACAACUCCCCCCAGAUACUUGGGCAUUUCGGGAAGAACCAGAUUAUCAGGACUGCGAGGACCUUGAAAUUAUCAGGAACAAGACAGGAGGGCUGUCGGCUAUUGACCUGAACUCACUGUAACAUAUUGGGUGUGUCUGGCACCAGCAGCUGCUGUCAGAGACUAAAGGGAAGGCGCCAUGGAGGGGCCGUAUCUCAUGAAGAAAAGGCAACCCUUCGCAUGGCUCUCCUGGCUGGAAGGACUUGGUGUGAAAAUGUACGCACCUCCCUCUCAAGUGGCCUUAUCAUGUUUUCCCUCCUUCUCUGGUGCUCCGGCCUGACGGGGAGUAUCUCCUGAAUAGAGAAGUUACUCUUUCAAAGGUGGUUUAAAACAUCGUUUAUUUACAGUACGCCCCUCGGAGGUGCAAGUGUGCAGCCUGCUGCAGCCCACCCAGUCUACUUGGCCAUGUCAAUCAGGCUCUGCAGGGAGGUGGGCACCCAGGUCUUCUCACCCUGGACGAACACCACUCCCCGGUCAAUGUAGAUGACGAUGCGGCCAAAGGUGUAGAGCUGCUUGCCUUCAUGUCGCUUCCCGAUGACAGGCAUGAAGACGAUGUUGUGCUCCUCGGCCUUGGUCUCAAUAAGGUCCUUGAAGUUCAUGGGCACGGAGCUGGAGGCCACGCCGAUGCCCCUCUGAGCCAUGUUCUCAGCCUCCCGUCGCUCCUGCAUGGCCUCGUACUGGAAGUCCUUCCUGCGCUCCGUGUGGGUUAGGAAUGAAGAGCUCAGGGGCAGGACAUCCAAAACAGAAUCCCCACUCACCAACAUUGGAGGACACAGCCCUGUUCAUGAUAUCAAGUGCUUCAUUAAAUUUGUCUUUGACAGAUGGGUGUGCCAACACUUGGUCUGAGAACAUGGACUUCCAACCCAGGUACCACUUGGUGAUCUCCUCAUAAUUUGGGCUGUUACUGAGCCAGGAGCACAGCACCUGCCAAAUAGAAACAAAUAUGAAAACCUGGAUCCAAAGUGGCAAUAAAUGGGAGCAGAACUUCCAAA